AUGGAGCGCCUCGGCGUAACCAUCACAGCGCGCCGAUUCCCGUUGCUGGGCGGCCGCGAGUCUUGCCCGUGGGUGGUGGGGGACGGGGAGGAGGACGAAGAGCCAUGGGAGGAAGGCGAGUUGCUUGAUGUCAGCUACUCGCAAGAUGACGACAGCAGCAUCCUCGGCGGCGAUGGCGGUUAUGGUGAUGACCGCCUCGCCGUCGUUCCUGCCACGUCAGCGGCUUCGAUCGCAGCGGCAAUUUAUGCGCGGCGGGAACACUUUUUCUCCGCCGCCAUCCCCGAAUCCUCCUCGGCUAAUGCGGCUUCUGCGGCAGCAGCGGCGCCGGCGGCGGCGACGGCCACGAUGGCUGCUUCACAAGGAAACUGGGGCAUGUCACCUUACUCCGUACCACCCGCCAUUAUCGGCGCUUCCGAAGCGCACACCUCUGAGGAUCAUCCCGGUUACCGACAAUCUUCUAUAUAUGAUACCCGCGAUUCCCCAACCAACAUCAACCGCUCAUUCUCUCUCCUUUCCGCCGUCUCUUCCCGCUCAACCGCUGUUCCCCCCCACUCGUCCGCCAUCUCCCCGCACUCUUCCGCCCGUUCCCCGCGCUCUACGUCUUUCUCCGCGCGCGCUACCGCAAGCCCGUCCGCGCGCGCCAUAUCCCGCGAAUACAUGGCGCAACCCGUGUGGGGGGGAGGUGAAUACAGAGAGCGGAGAGGACGGAACGCGGUGGCGGGGAGGGAGGCGCAGAGGGAGGAGGGGGAGGAAACGGCGGAGAAGGCCUCUCUCGCGCCUUCUAGUGAAGAGGGGAACGCCGGCGGAGGAGGUGGCGGAGGAGGUGGCGGAGGAGGUGGCGGAGGAAGCGGAAGUGAAUACUACCUACGGCAGCAGCUCAGCACACGGCAGGGUAGCCAGCGCGGGGAGCAAGAAGCGCAACGCGAGACGCAAACUGUGCAACGUAGUGACGAGCAUAGCCCGAGUGGUGGUGCUGCUGCUGCUGACGAUAAUGAUCCUGCCGCUGCUGCUGCUGAUGCUGCUGGUGCUGAAGCUACUGUUGAUGCUACUGUUGAUGCUGAUGCAGCACCAGGAGCAGGUAUCAGCAGCUUUGGGAGGGAGACGAUGGGGCUUGGGGAAAGCAGUGCGGAUGGCAGAGGCGGGGACGGCGGAGGAGGAGGUGGUGGUGGUGGUGGUGGUGGUGCUGGUGCUGGUGGUGGUGCUGGUGGUGGUGGUAGGGAUGGUGUGGGGGGAAUGGGGUGGUUAGGGACAGGGGAGAGUCAGAUGGUUGCUGCAGAGAUGCAUUGGCAGAUGCUGAGACAGCACAAGUGGGAGCUGACAUUUCAGGAAGUGGCAGAUGAGAGAGGGGUGUUCCGGGCUCGAUAUAAAGGCAGAGGGGCAAUGGACACAGAACGUCUGGCGGACAGCAGAGGGGAGGAGGGGGAAGAAGCAGAAGCAGGAAAAGAAGAAGAUAAGACGGAGGGGUGGCAAGGAGGGAGGCAGCAAGGAGCAGAGAGCAGGCAGCAAGGGGUGUACGCAUGGAAAGAUGAGGAGGAGGAGGAGGAGGAGGAGGAGGAGGAGGAGGAGGAGGAGGAGGAGGAGGAGGAGGAGGAGGAGGAGGAGGAGGAGGAGGAGGAGGAGGAGGAGGAGGAGGAGGAGGAGGAGGAGGAGGAGGAGGAGGAGAAGCAAGCACUCUACGACAUGCCUCAGCUGCUCAAAUCCCCCACCAUCCAUCCCACCAGCACCACCACCCUCCGUACUGCCAAUACGGAGGACUAUGAAUCUGGUGCUGAUGAUAGUUAUGGGGAUGGUAGUUCCGGUGCGCGUGCUUCUAGUGGUAACCACAACUACCACCACCGCGGGCAGCAGCACUAUCCAAGGAACAUAGCAGGUGCUGCGCUGCGGUCUCAAUGCCGGCCCCCCACUCGAGGCCGCUCUCUGCCUGCUAGCAUCCAGCCCACCCCUCCCAUGUACUCCCCUUUCAUCCACCCUCUCGCAAUCUCCAAAACAACCAUCGCUGCCGCUGGUACAGCCACCACCGCCGCCGCCGCCGCCGCCGCUGCUGCUGCUGCUGGUGCUGCGUCUGCUGCCGCCGAUGGGAGAGGGGUUGACGAUGCUCAUGCCGAUUUUCUUUCCAUCGAUAGUUUUGAUGAUUCAGAUCAUGCUGAUUCUGAUAGUGACGCUGAUGCUGAUGCUGAUGGUGAUGGUGAUGGUAAGAGCGGUAAACCUGCUGCGUCUGGUUCUUCAAGCCAUGCCUCUGCGCCCUCCCUCUCCCUGCACCCCUUCCGCCUGGCUCUCGGCCUUCGGAUCGGCACAGAGGACGACGACGACUCUUUCCAUAUCGACAGCUUUGGCAGCCGGGGAAGUGACAGUAAAGGGUGUGACAGUAAGGGGAGCAGAGGGAGCAGAGGGAGCAAGGGGAGUGACAGUAAGGGGGGGGACGGUAGAGGGGGCGAGAAAUGGUUGCCGCUGCUGACGCCUGCGUUUGUGAGGAGCAAUAGUGAUGUGGGGAGCCCUGCUUGGAAGAGAGGGGAGGAGAGGCAGAGUGCGUGGGAGGCAGAUAAGAGGAGGGCUGGGACUGCCAGUCAGCGGCAGCAGCAUCUGGAACAGGUGCUGGUGGGGGAAGAGGGAGUGGGGGAGAGAGAAGGCGAGGGUGUGGAGGGGAGUGAAAGCGGGGGUGUGGGGGAGAGUGAAGGGGGGAGUGUGGGGGGGGAGGAGAGGGGGUGGGAGGGGAGAGGAGAGCGGAGAGGAUGGGAGGGAAGGGUGGGGGGUCUGAGCAGGUGUGUUUCGGAGGGAGAGUGGUAUGAGAGGUUAAGAGAGGUUGGAGGGGUGGCAGGAUGGGGGGGUUCGGAAGGAUGGGAAAGGAGGGAAGAGGUGAAAGGAGGGGAAAAAGGGGAUGGGAUAGGAGGGAGGGAGGGCAGGGAAGGGCUACAGAAGGCGAGUGGGGAGGAGCGAGUGGAUGGAAGGAGAGGGACGAGAGAUGUGGGUGCUGCCCUGCGCAUGAUGGGAAGAGAGGAGCGAGAAGCCGCACAAGGGGACGAUGGGAGUGGAGUGAAUAGGUGGGGGCGGGCAGGAGGCAGGUAUGUGCUGCCUCUUCCCCCCGGGAGGCAGCAGCAGCAGCAGCAGCAGCAGCAGCAGGCGCGGGUGCUGCAACGGGGGCAUUCCUUGGAGGAGCGGGGGAGCAUGGGGGGGUUGGGGGUGCGUGUGGUGCGAGUGGCGGGGAUCAGAUGGGGGAGCGGAUCUGGGAGGGACGGGGACGAGUGGCACGCAGCGGCUUGCUCUGCUGCUGCUUCUGGUGGUCGUGCUUGUGGUGCUGGUGGUGGUGCUGCUGAUGCUAGUGCUGUUGCUGGUGCUGGUGGUGUGGGUGGAGUGCUGGUUGCGAAAGGAGGGAGAACAGGGAGGAGUGAGAUUGGGGGAGGGAAAAGUAUAAGCAGGGACGUUCUUAACGCGGAUGGUGCUUCUGCUGCCCAGCUCGAUGCUUCUCCUUCACCGGAAGCAGCAACCGCAGCAGUGGCGGCGAUAUGUUUGUCUAUAGCCAACAUAGCCUCUAAGUCCAAACCAGUCAGAAUCGCCCUCCUGCGCCCCACGUCCUCUCUCCCUUCCAACCUCCCCUCCUUUGCUCUUCUCCCUCCUCGUCCGCUUCCUCCUGCUGCCACCACCGCCCGCCCGUCUGUUCUUCCCUCCAACCCACCAAUGGUCACGCCUGCUCCGUCCCUCAGUGCUGGUAAGCCUGCUGCAUCCCAGGUUUCCCUUUCUUGCCCACCAGUGGUCCAAGAUGCUUCCAAAGCAGCAUCUGAAGCUCUUGCUGUUGCCGAAUCACCAGUGUCAGGGCUUCGAUGGGGCAAAGGCAGUGGGGGGAGGGCCAGGAAGGAGGAAAAGGCGUCGUCUGCCACUGCUGAUGCUGCUGCUCCUGCUGCCAGUGCGGCAGGGGAAGGGCAGUGGGCGCAACAGGGGGGCUUGCAGCAGCAGACGUCCAUCAGACGACAAGAGGCAAAGGGUCAGGAGCUGGGUGAGACGGUGGGGGCUCUUGAGGCGCCUCACAUGAUCCCUUCUGAGGUGCCUCGUGCUUUGCAGCGGCAGACCAUGGGCAGCAGCAGCAGUGGCGGCGGCGGCGGAGGCAUGAACAUGAACCCAGUGGAACUAUUAAAAGAGGAAAUGGUCAAGGCCGACCCAGUGGGCAUAUUAGCAGCAUGCGAGCUGCUGAGGCACCUCUCCCGCCGCAGCACGCGCUGGCGGGAAUACAUAACCGUAGCUGGAGGGAUCCCGCCGCUCCUAGCUCUCACGCAGGCUCGGCAGCUCCCGGACCUGGUCGAGAGCUCCAUUGCUGCGCUUCGGAAUGUUUCCAUCCUGGAUGUGAAUCAGAGGCUGCUGCAGGCGGCCGGCGCCGUUUGUCCUGUUGUGGAGCUGUUGGAGCAUGCGUGUGCGUGUAUGGUGUGGCACGCGGGGGGUGGCGGGGGGAGUGUGGGUAGUGGUGGGGGGAGGGAGGGGAAUGUGGGUGGGAGUGGGGAAGGGGGGGGAUGGGACUGCAGCAACAUUAACAACAGCACCACCACGACGGGCAACAGGAGCAGCCAGCGCAGAGCAAGCAACAGCAACAGCAACAGCAGCAGCAGCAACAGCAACAGCAACGCACCAUCCAGGAGUAGGCCCAUAGCAGAGGCAGCAGCGUCGGCCCAUGUGACAUUCAGUGAGUCAGCCAGCCGAACCAUCCAGGAGCAUGCAGCAGCAGUGCUGUUCAGCCUGGCCAAGAACAACGAUAUGAAGAAAGAGAUUGCAAGGCUCGGAGCCAUUCCGUCUCUUGCCACUGUGUUCAUAUUCACCUGCCCGCCCUCCUCCUCCGCCUCCUCUUCUCACUCCUCCGCUUCCACUUCUUUCUCCUUCCACCUGCAGCCCUCGCCUCCUCCCUCCCCCUCCUCCCUCCCUGCGCAUAUCAUCGCGCUGCGAGCGCUCUAUUACCUUUCCAUUUACCGCCCGAACAAGCUGCUGAUUGUGGCGACGGGAAUCGUACCCCAUAUAGUGAGCACCGUUUGCGAGAGGGACGACGCGCGGGGAACCUUGGUGGAGGACUGUGCAGUUCUGUUGGCGUCUCUGGCAGCAGCAGGGGAAGGCCGACAGGCGAUUGUGAAUGCUGGAGGGAUUGCUGGAAUGCGGAGGGUUCUUGAGGAGGGGUCGAGCCUUGGGAGGGAGGCGGCAGUGACGACGCUGCUGCUGGUGGCGGCGGAAGGGAGGGAGUCGUGGAGGGAAGAGGUGGUGGGGUUGAGGGUGGAAACUUUGCUGGGGAGGAUGGUGGAGGGGAGGGGGCAGACUGAACGAGGCAGGAGGAAGGUGGCUCUGGUGAACAGGGAGAGAGAGGAGGUGCGCAAUAGGAUCUCCCUGCACCAUCAGUACACUCUCCAGCCUGCUCCAGCUGGGUAG